GGCGGCGGGGGGCGGGUCAUGUCCUCGCCCGCCUAGGAAUAAAAAUAAGGCUGCGUUUUACUCAUACAGUAGACUGUAGGUGUUACUAGCAGCAGGCUGCUGCAACCAGAGGACGCCGGUACUUUAGUCCUGUCCUGGAGGAAGACUGUCGGUCGUGACAGCGUGGAAAGUUUGAUGGCAGUCACAACAACCGACACCUGAUGCUGUGUGCGUUGUGUUAGGACGCGGUGAAGGGAGACUCAUGCGCAAAAAUGCGGAUUUUUCUCCCUUUGCUGUGCGUUCUAUGCGCCACUCCGCUCCACGGUUUCAUCGACGGAACCUGUCCCAGAAAAGAUCCUCCCCCUGGUGUGUUGGUUUUAUCUCCGGGGAGUAAGUUGGUUGUGAACUGCAGCGGUCAUGUGGAGGUGGACGGAGUAAAGGUCAGCAUGGGCUUAAAUAACAACAAAAGAGGAAGUUCUGCAGAUGCAAUCCAAACAACCACUGCAAAUGUUCGAAGCAACCCUGAAGCUUUGAUAAAAAGUGAAACUGCGAAGAGCGCUGUAAGUGAGGGAUACCGCUCUAACCCCACUGAAGCUGGAGAAAACCGUAUCCUCAGACAUGCAGGUAGAGGAUACACAGCUCCUCUGACCACUCACACAGUCCGGCCAACCAGCGUGAGCAGACGUCUAAAGGGUGAAUCCGAAGAGGUGGAUGGUGAGGGCGAUCAUGAGGAAGAGGAGGAGGAGGAGGAGGAGGGGGGGGAAGGGAGCAGAGUCACAAGGGGCAUAAAGUCGAGGCUACAGUGGACGUGGAACAAGAGGACAGUGGUGAAAGGAGACAGAGAGCGGGGAGAUGUCUCACUAGAGAGGGGAGGGGCUUCACUGUCUCUGUCCUCUGUGAGACUGACGGACUCUGGGAGGUACACGUGUUAUGAACGAGGCAAAGAGAGGUUCUCCUUAAAAGUUAAAGUUGCAGAUCCUCCAGAGACUCCCAGCCUGUCCUGCUACAAAAGGUCACCCAGCAGUAAAAUCCGCUGUGAGUGGAGAUCCCAGAAGCCCAUCACUACCUGCUACCUCUUACUCAGUAAAAGCCCGACGGAGGCUUUCCUUCGCUUCCCGUGCUCGUACUCGUCUCGGCUCUCUCGCUGUUGGUGUGCUCUGGACCACGAUGAAAACGAGCUGAGGACGCUCCACAUGGCCUACCUGUGUGUCACGGGCAUCGCCGGCAAUGCCACCAGCGACCUGCUGCACUUCAUACCUAUGACUAUUUUGAAGCCAGAUCCUCCAUCAGAUGUGUCAGUCCGACAGGAGGAGGGACAGGAAACGAGGAUGAAGGUCACCUGGAGUUUGCCGAUCUCCUGGAAGUCUCACGACAACUUCUAUCAACUAAUCUACGAAAUAAAAUACAGACCCCUCAUGUCCUCAUUAUUCCAUGGGCAGAUACAGGUGACUAAGAACUGUUUCUCCUACACGAUCACUGAUGCAAUGCCUGGUGUUGAGUACGAGAUACAGCUCAGAACCAGGGAAGAUUAUGAUGGUAGCUGGAGUGACUGGAGUACACCUGUCUCUGGCAGCAGCUGGAGAGCUAAAGAGCCAGUCGAUUGGUUCAAUUAUGAUGUCACAGCCACAACAUUCCAAGGAUUAACAGAAGGCUCCACAGAUGAUGAGGUGGCCGAUGCUCCUCAAUCAGUAGAUAGGCCUCUUGAUUGGGAGGUGUCCCCCCUCGUCCUGAUGAUCCCUGUUUCGUUUGUUCUCUUGUUGAUCAUUUUGGCUGCCUAUAUAUUCAGACACAAGGACAGAUUUGUCUCUAAAAUCCAGAGUCUGAGUCCCAUCGCCCAGUUUGGCGAUUCUCCCCGGCGUCCGCCCUCUGCUCCGCCCUCUGCUCCGCCACUUCCAGAAGGGCAAGCUCUUGUGACCUUUGCCCCACCCCAUUACAAAGAGCCCCCCCACAGUGGAGUUGAAAGACAGGAAGAAGAUGAAGAAGAUGAAGAAGAAGAACAGCAGCUUAAGGAGAGGACAGAAGCCAUGCACUUCAACAACACAAGUUAUUUCUUUCUCCAUAGGGAGUGAUGAGCAGGCAGGAAGGGGAAUAAAACAAGCCAGAUGACAAAAGGACAAUGGACUUGAAAAUUGUUGCAGUUUUGCAAAGAGCUUGUGUUUAUAGAAGCUCAGGAACAGCUUGUAUAGUCUUUCUCUCUUUCUAUCACUAAAAUAAUACCUCUAAAAAUACCUCUAAAUAGGGUCUGGCUGAUGGAUAAAGCCAUCGUCACAACAUGGUGCUUUAAAAGCCCCACCCUCCAUCCAUGCCUACACCUGGGCGUGGGUUUGCUGUGGCAUUUAUUAAGUGCUUAAAAAGUAACAGUUCUGAUGAUUUCAGUGUGCACGGACUGAUUUUGCAGGUGCAACUGAAGGCGCAUACCAGGGUCACGUCAACAAAUCUCAAAUAGAGGAGAAUGUGUUCAAAAUAAUUAAAACAUUUUAAGAACACACUUCAGUUUUACAGUCAAUGUAAUUUACUCAGUUCUGGUUAAAGAAUUAAUAAAAUGACAAGCAUCAUUUUAUUCUUAAUGGUGGAUAUAAGCCCUAUAGUGGGUUUUGUGGCCAUAUGGUUUGAUUAUCUUUUGGAUGACUCGCGCUGACGAUAUCAUCGUACAUUGUGAUGUUUCACUGUGGACAUCAAUAUGCCAAAUUGGUAAAUGUUGCCCUACCCUACCUCUAAAAACACUUUAUCUUUUUGUAUUUGUUGUAAGAGCAGCCUUUUAGCUACUCUCUUGUUGGCUAUGUGUGUUGAUAAACUGUAGACUCGAUGUAGGCCUGCUUCUAGCCUCCCACCUCAUGCUCUGUUUGUAUAUAAUUUUAUUAAGGCUUAUCAAAUAUAUAACUUGCAUCCUGCCCUUUCAGUUUUCACAUAUUCUUUAUAAGGUUUUUUAAAAAGAAUUGUAGAAAGUUAGUGUCAGAAGCAUUUGUUGUUAAUUUGGCUUUCCUGCCUUGUAGACCUGUUUAAAACUAUGUGUUGCUCCAAAGAAAAUUAUUGUAGUUAUGAAGUGUGCAAAGCAGGCAGCUGCAAAACUUCUCACUUAUUUAGGAAUAGUUACUAGCAUUAUGUCAAUUGUUAUGUUCCAGCCCUCCAGGUGCUUUAUUUCCUGCUAAUAACAUAGUCAUAUACAAAAAGAUUAAUAGUCAACAGGAUGAAAAAAAAAAUAUAUAUAGCCUAUAUAUAUAUGUCAGGAAAUUGUUUGUUGAUUGAGAUAUUUAUAAUUGAUGAAUUGUAAUUUCGAUUGACAAUGAAUUUCUAUUUUUUGUAAGGAUAUGUAUGUCAGUAAUUAAUUUAGAUUUUUGUAUGGCAGAGGCAAAAGAUAACUAUUAAAAUAACUAAAAUGUUAUAAUAAUAUAAUGGUAAAUAAUUAACAUGUAAAACAAAGCAUCAGGUGGUUUAAAAUGUAUUUUCGCUUUAUGCUAUUCAUUUUCUGUACAUAUCACUUGAUUGUAUGAUGAUUUCUCUUUUUUUGUUACAAAUAAAAAAGUAUGUG